GCUUAAAGAUCCAUUAAAUGAAAUGUGCUCAAAAGAACUGAAACUUCGGACUGAAGUAAUUCAAAAAUUGACUUUACCCGCUCCAAUACACGACAUUACUGAACCAAAAGACUCUGAAAUGGUGUGUUCUUAUUGUAAUGUAUUUAGUUAUUUUUUAGCAUUGAAAUUUAAAUGCGCAGAUCAAACUCUAUGCAUUGAACACGCAGAUUAUGCACCAGGAAUGUGCAAUUGUGGUGAAAAAAAUGAAAAGAAAUAUUGCUACCUCAUGCAAGUACUUAUAAGAGAUUUUCACUUGAAAAGUCUAAUGGACACUAUGGAAUAUACGGUCCAACAAGCACAACAGGAUAUAUAA